AGUUAAACAUUUCAUUUCAAUCAAACACAAUCAAAUAGAGAAAGAUGAAUUUUGAUCAUUCUCCGGCGACCAUCUCAUCCAUCCAUCCCGACAUACUACAAGACAAUAUCUUGACCCGACUUGACGGGUCGGAUCUCGCCUCCACCGGUUGCGCCUCUUCCAAUUUGUAUAAUCUCUCCUGCGAUGAAUCUCUCUGGCGCAAAUUAUGUCGCCAAACAUGGCCUUCCACCGCCGAUCCACGUGUCCAAUCUCUCAUCGCCGGCUUCCCCUCCGGACACCGCUCUUUUUACUCCGAUUCCUUUCCGACCCUCCGUAACCGCCCAAAUACCCACCCGCCGUGCCCAAAUACCGACCCGCCGCAGAGUUUAAUCUCGGCCAUAGAUGUCUUCUACAAGGGUGAAUUAAUUCUGUCAAAGGUCAACGAAACUGAAACCGGACCCGAACUGAGUUGGUUCCUCUGUUCUCCAUUCCGGGUCGACUUACUCGACCCGUUCGAGACGUAUCAAAUUCCGUCUGUGAAAUUCUCCAAACAGGAAAACAAGUGUCUGACUGAACUCGGGUCGGGUCUUACUGUAAGCUGGAUAUUAAUCGACCCGAUUAAUAAACGAGCGGCGAAUCUUUCCACGUCCACGGCGGUGUCCGUACACCGGCACUGGCUGACGGGAGAAGUUCAGCUCCGGUUCGCGACGAUUCUCACCGGCGGCGAUGGUGAACCGGUGAUGUGCGGCGUUGUGGUUAGCUGUGGUGGGAAAGAAGCAGGGGAAGUUUACGUUAAAGAAGUGAACUUGAUGUUGGAAGACGUCGAUGGAAGGACUUUAUCCGGCGAGGAUAGUUUGGUAAUUCUUGAAAACGCCAUGGAAAGGAGGGAGAAGAAGAGAAUAAAUUCAAUGGAGGAGAAAGAAGAAUACAGAGAGUAUCAGAGAAUGAAGAAAGAGAGGAGAGAGAUUAAACAGAAGAGAGAGAAGACGGUGGACAUGGUCUGUAUAUUCAUCUGCGUUAGCCUCUUCGUCGCCGGACUGUAUCUUUGGACGAUGAGAUAAUAACGCCGG